AUGUCAGAGACCUCGACGCCCCAAGAAGCAACCGGAUCACAGCUCAAUCGAUCUUGUGAAUCCUGUAGAAGUCUCAAGGUCCGCUGUCUCCCGAACCCUUCUACGCCUCAUCAGUGCCAGCGAUGCGCCAAGGGAAAACGAUCUUGCAUCUUCGUGGCCCCGCAGCGUCGGCGGCCACGCAAAAGAACAGACUCGCGAGUCGCUCAGCUAGAGAAGGAGAUGCGCGUUAUGCGUUCAUUGUUAAAAAAUCGAAUCCCCGAGGAAGAUGAAGAAUCCGAAGAGAGCGACGACGACCACGAAGAUUUGAAAAGCAGCGGGAGGGAUCACUCCGCAAACUCGGACGAUGCUCGCUACAUGGAUUAUUCUCCUGAGCUGCUUACACAUGGUGUAUCGGUGCCGGAUUUUGCGUUUCCCGCGGGCUUGGAGGAGGAGAGACAGCCCGUGGAAGAUGUGAUCGAUCGUGGGAUUCUGUCCAUCGACGACGCAGAGCAGCUCGUCGCCUACUACAUCCACGAACUCGCACCAUUGUUCCCAUUGGUUCUUCUCCCGCACACUACCACUGCAGUCAGUCUCCGGGCGACGAAGCCCGUCCUAUUUCUCUCCGUUAUAGCCGCGACGGCGAUCUCCGUCGACGCAGGACUGGCAGCCGUUUUGAAUCGCGAAAUUGUUCGACUCUAUUCCGAACGAUUUUUCAUCGAGGGCGAGAAGUCACUGGAAUUAGUACAGGCCCUGCUCCUCAUGAUCGUCUUUUAUUUCCCGCCCGCCUCGCCUCUCAAGCUGCAGUUCUAUCAAUAUACCCACAUUGCCUCCACGAUGGCGCUGGAGAUCGGACUCGCGAAUAAACGCCGCGUGAAAUCCGAUCGCAGGACCGCCCACGAUGAAACGCUCGCCGAGCAGGCACGUGCGGUUAUAGGCUGUUACCACCUCGGCUCGACGGUUGCGAUGAAGACUCGUCGUCCGAACCUCCUUCAGUUCAAUGACUGGAUGGUCGAGUGUGUUAGGCAUCUGGAACGCUCGCCGCAUCGGACGGAUCAGCACCUGGCAAUCUGGUUCGAGCUCCAGCGUAUAACCGACGAAGCGAUGUCAUCCUUUGGUCUGGACGAUACGAGCACGACAUCACCUCUGACAGAAUCUCGGGUGCAAGCUGUCCUGCGCUGGUUUGACAAACGUAUGGAAGCAUGGAAGACGAAUACUCCUUCUGAGAUGUUGACCGUCCCCCUCAUCCUCGAAUACCGUUCCACGGCACUCGCCAUGUACGAACUAGGCGUAGGAGAAGGCUACCGCGACCCCGAUGCCGUGAAGAAACGUUAUUUCACCCUCCCCACGCCCGAAGGACCAGAAGCACAAUCUCCGCUCAGCGCAAUUCGCAUAGAUAUCAAUAUGAAAUGGAUGAACGCCGCCCAUGAAAUGCUCGAUGCGGUGUUGGCUUGCAGCACGGACACGAUGCGCAAACUGCCCAAUCUGAUGUACACCCGACUGGCAAUGGGAGUGACAUCGCUGCUGAAAAUCCAUUUCUCUGUGCGGACUGGAGCUCUCGGAGAAGUCGUCACGCCGGAGACCGUCAAUGUACACUUCUACCUUGACGCGGUGGCCAACAAAUUGGCCGAGGCGAGCGGCGCUGGGAAGUACAAGAUUCCCAGUCGGUGGUAUCAGGUCAUUGGGGUCCGGGGGAGGGAUUGGUAUGAGCGUCUUGAGAGUAGGGGUGAGCAGACUCCCGUAGAGUCGAUGGCUGCAUCAGGUAGCCAAGGCCCGAGUCAGAGUCAGAGCCACAAUCAGGUUCAGAGCCAAAAUCAUGGUCAGGGUCAAGGCCAGGACGCUAUGAAUGUUCAGUCCAUGAACACAUUCCCUGUGUCUGUGCCGAUGGUCGACCCGCGUGAUGGGUAUGUAGCGAUGAGUGGCACAGGCAUGUGGCCACCAAUGGAUGGACAAGGUCAUAGCCAUAACCCGCAUUUCUUCAUGGGGUAUCAGCAAUCACCCCACGCGGCGUCAUCGCAGCAAUUGCCGCCUCAAUUUGCAUAUGAGCCGCAGAGGAUGCCUGCGCCGGCAGCGGGCAUGGAGUUGGACGGUUGGCUUCCUGAUGGGAGUAUCUUUGGAAUGCCGCCUUUGCCUGAGUUUUAG